UUUUUUUUUUAGUUCUCUCAUUUGUCAGUGUACGUCAGUCCACCGUCACUUUCGCGGAAAUUACAUGUUUUUAACGUUAAAAUCAAGAGAAAAAGUUUAUUUCGAUUAAUUGAAUGAUAUAAUGUCUUGUUGACGGAAAAGCAUUGAGAGGAUAGUUCCACACCGAAAGUAGGUGAAAUAACAACAACAACAAAAAAAGUUUCUCUUUUCGAUUUUUGUUGUGCUACUUUUUGCAAGUUUUCUCCAGUUUUUGUUUUACAACGAAAGGGUGUGCUCUGUGAUUCCUUGUGCCCAUAAGUGCCUACGUUCAGUGUAAUUAAAUUGUGAAAUUUCGACACAAAUCAAAAUGUCGUUUAGCCGAUUUUGUUGCCUAACCCAACGGUCGAUCAUACGGGAUGUUGUGCAACGAUGUUCAGGAAAUCAUUACAACAACCAUCGACUAGCUUGUCUAACAGGAUUCGAUCGGAGACGAUCACUAACGACGAGUCCACAUCAUUGGGAAAAAUUGGCGACGAAACCUGUGCAAAAACACGACUGGAACCGUGCGGUCAGCGAAGCUGAAAAGAUUGUGGGCUAUCCGACGUCUUUCCUAAGUUUACGAUGGUUACUUAGCGAUGAAAUUGCGAACGUUGCCUUACAUUUGCGAAAAUUGGUCGGAAGUAAUCAUCCACUGUUGAAGACUGCUAAAAAAGCAGCCACAGAGAUUGUGUCGAUAAGCGAUAAUCAGAGACAUCUGCUCUAUAAUGGAAAAAACAAUAUGCAAGCAUGGGGUCUUAUCGUCUUGUUGGUAUCGAAGGCGGCCGGACAUGCUGCCCAUAUACCGGAUAUGGAGCAAGACAAAAGUGCUGGCGUUUUACACUCACAGCGUGCAUUGGCCGAGGUCACCGAGAUGAUCCGUAUAUCGCAUUUGGUCCAUCAAGGAUUGGUGAACUUACAGCCAUUGACACAGGCUGGCCAUGAUCUGUCCAUGCACAGUGACAUGACGUUCGGAAAUAAAAUUGCUCUGUUGAGCGGUGACUACUUGCUGGGCAACUCUUGUGCUGAAUUAGCUGGUUUGAGAAAUCAAGAAUUAGUUGAAUUAAUAUCGUCCGCCGUGCGUGACCUAGCUGAAUCUGAAUUUAUCGGCGAUCGCGAUGAACAGAACAAUCCGUUACCAUCGAAACCAAUGCCACACCGUGAGUCAUCGUCGGAAGACAUUGAAGAUGACAAUUGGGUGUCGUCUGAUGUGCUGAAACCAAUGCACAAAGACCAUUGUAUGGGCAUACCCGAAAAGGAAUGGGCAUUGCGUCACAUUUUAAGUGCUGGCAGUCUACUCGGUAAAAGUUGCCAGGGUGCACUGAAACUGGCUGGCCACCCCGAAGCAAUACAGCGCAGUGGAUAUCUAUUCGGAAAGCACUUGUCGUUGGCAUGGCAAGCGUGCCUGGAUUUGGAACCGUUCCAAAGUAAUGCACUGCCAUUGAAUGCUACAUUUAGCUUGGUAUCGGCUCCAGUUCUAUUCCACUUGGACUACGAUCCGUCAUUGUACUCGGAAAUACAGAAGGGUUACGUUUCCAUCGAAAACAUCGACUACGAGAAAAUUCACAGCGAAGUGAUCAAAGGUCCGGGAUCAGAGAAAACGAAAAAUCUUCAACGAAAACACAGUUCGGCCGCAAUGAAUGUGCUAAAUCUAUUUCCACCAUCCGAUGCCCGUACUGCCUUACAAAACAUCAUCUUUGCCAUGCAAGACCUUUGAGGUUGGUGACGGGCAAUGUGUGAGCAAUGAAACGUUUAUAAAUUCAAAACCAAUGAAAAUUCCGUCCAAAAAUUUUGUUAUUAUUGGCAAAAUGUGGGUAUAGUUGUUGUGAUGAGGGGAAAUGCAAAACUUAUAUAGAAAAUGAAAA